UUCUGCUGCUUCCUCUGCAGGCUGUUCCCGGAUCUGGCGAGGGGCCGGGCGGCGGGGGAUGCCUGGGCGUGUCCCGGGGGUCCAUGUGGCACCCUAGGUGGGACCCCGGCGUGCUGAAGGCCGAGGCUCUGGCCCUGCUGCCCGGCGGCCUGGGCAUGGCCUUCUCGCAGGCGCACGUCAUGGGCGCGCGGCGGCACCAUGGCCGGCUGGCACUGGAGGUGGACGAGUACAGCUCCAACCCCACGCAGGCCUUCACCUUCUACAACAUCAACCAGGGCCGCUUCCAGCCGCCGCACGUGCAGAUGGUGGACCCGGUGCCUCACGACGCUCCCAAGCCGCCCGGCUACACCCGCUUCGUGUGCGUGUCCGACACCCACUCGCGGACGGACCCCAUCCAGAUGCCCUACGGAGAUGUGCUCAUCCAUGCCGGGGACUUCACCGAGCUGGGGCUGCCCAGCGAAGUCAAGAAGUUCAACGAGUGGCUAGGCAGCCUCCCCUACGAGUACAAGAUCGUCAUCGCGGGCAACCAUGAGUUGACCUUCGACCAGGAGUUCAUGGCCGACCUCAUCAAGCAGGACUUCUACUACUUUCCGUCCGUGUCCAAGCUCAAGCCCGAGAGCUACGAGGACGUCCAGGCGCUGCUGACCAACUGCAUCUACCUGCAGGACGCCGAGGUCACCGUGCGUGGCUUCCGAGUGUACGGCUCUCCCUGGCAGCCCUGGUUCUACGGUUGGGGCUUCAACCUCCCGCGUGGCCAAGCUCUGCUGGAGAAAUGGGACCUGAUCCCCGAUGGCGUGGACGUGCUUGUCACCCAUGGGCCACCGCUGGGCUUCCUGGACUGGGUCCCCAAGAAGAUGCAGCGGGUGGGGUGUGUGGAGCUGCUGAACACAGUGCAGAGGCGGGUCCAGCCAAGACUGCACGUUUUUGGACACAUCCACGAAGGGUACGGGGUCAUGGCUGAUGGGACCACCACCUACGUGAAUGCCUCCGUGUGCACCGUCAACUACCAGCCUGUGAACCCCCCUAUCGUCAUCGACCUCCCCACGCCCCGGAACUCCUGACUGUCCCCCACAUCUGCUGCCUGCACCUGGCCUGGAUCCUGGAGCCCCCUUCCCGCCGGACCCAGCCCCUCCAGCGCCCCCUAAUGGCCCGGCUGAUGCCUGGGACUGAGGCAACCUCGGGGCUCCCGGUGCGGUGGGGUGUCUCUGUGGCCCUCCGUGGACCCUUCUAGCCCAAGAACUCUGGACACUGGAUUGUGCGACUCACCCCUGCCUGAGGGCCUAGUGGGGGCAGGGCUGGGCCCCCAUUCCCUGCUCGGGGCUGAGACCCUCCGGCGGGCGGUCAGGGACAUCUCAGGAAUUCGGGCUGAGCUGCCGGGCCCCUGGUCUCUC